AUGGAUAUUCAUAGGGCACAGCGGAAUCUUCUGCUGAUUGAUGAGGAUGAGAACUUUAUUGAUAGUGUGGCGAAAGAUGAUGACGGCGUUCCAAAGAAGACACUAGCUGGUACCCAAGUUCCUGAUCUGGAGUUGUCUUCUGAUGAAGAGAGUACUCAGGAAAAUGUUGUGGUGUCACCUGAGAGGGAAGUUGAGCCUGAUAUUUUCAUUAAUACUCAGAUACAGGGGAAGCUGGAUGACAUUGAUCAUGAGAGGGCAAUGAAAGCUAAACUCGGUAAAUUUAGUCAUUCACCACUGAAAUCUCCCAAAAAGAAGAGCAGUCAGCCCUUAGUUAAUCGAGUAGCGAAAAGAUCAACUAAGAGAGUGACUAAAAAGACAGAUGGCUGUCCUAAACCAAGAGCCCAUAACCUGUUAAAGCAACUUUCUGGUAAGUAUGGAAAAGUCAAAGACAUGAUAAAAUCGAUAGAUAAGGAUAUAGCAGUGUCUGGAAAAAAGGGAAGCACAUUGCAGAGAUAUGAUACUUAUAAUGCAGAAGAAUGGGAGAUAAUCAAAGUGCGAUUGUUAGAAAAAUUUCCAAGAAGUGAUUCAGAAGAGUUCAAAGUAGUGUAUGAGCAUCUUUAUGGAAACGAGUACGGACAUCACACAUUAUGGUCUGCUUCUCAAGCUGGUCCCAGUAGACUAGUAUCUGAGAUAGGUAGAGAAGAAAAUGAACGGAUCGAUGCUGAACGGAGAAAUGAGUUUGAUACGCCAUCACUUAACAUUCUAUCGUUAUCCCAAGUGUUGGAAGAUAAUACUGUCGUUGAGAGUAGUUCGCAAGGAUCUAUUGAACCAGAACACCAAGGCAAAACUGAAGAUAUUGAAGCCGCUGCCGAACCGACUACGAUAAUAUCAGAUAUUGAAGGUUCUUCUGACAGUGAGGACUUGAUAAUUACCCAAGUAUCUCCAGCGAAAAAAGACGAAGUAGAUGAAGAUAUAAUAAUUACGCAAGUUUCUCCUGUGAAAAAGGACGAAGAUGAUGAAGAUCUGAUAAUUACACAAGCUUCUCCAGUCAAAACAUCGGGGUUUGUGAAUGCUGAUGAUUUGAUUAUCCCUGACAGUCAGGGUGAGAGUGGAACACCCAUUGAAAUUAGUGGAGAUGACUUUAUAAUGGACAAUAUCCCAGAUUUAAGGAAGGAUAAUAAUGGGGGAGAUGCCGUCACAUAUUUCCAAACUCCUGGAACGUCGCCACAAAGAGAUCUUAUUGAUAUCUCGACUGAGUCAUUCAAUGUUGUAAAAAGCCUGAUAUCGCCGUUAAAACAAGAGUCGAUGACUCAGGCCAGCGUUCAAGUCCCUGCAACGAGGUACGCUACGAUGACUUCUAUUGUGACGUCGGCUUCUACUCAAGGGGGUAGUUCCCGCAACGUUCUUCGAUGCCACUUGCCUCAAUCUGUUUACAGAGAAAGUUUUGAAGCAAUAAAGAAUCAAAUACUGAAUGAUACAAAUGAUACUGAUAUAGUAAUUUCAGACUCUGAAGAUGAAGCUGCCAAUGAUAGUAAACCUGUAUAUUUUGAACUGGCUCCAGAUAACGUGCAAAUCAAUGAAACUCAGCAUGAAUUGCACUGUAGUCAGUUGACUUUUUCACAAUCAAUGAAGGAAUUGAGAGAAAAAUCCAGAGAACUUGGCUUAAAACCAUCGAGACAAAAAUCCCAAUUAGUAGAAUCCAUAGAAUUUGCAACAUCUAAGAAUUUCACCAACAAACAUGAAAUUUUUGACCAUUUAAGCGAACUGAUUAGACAGUCUCAUUUAUUAGAGAAAAUAUAUCGUUUCCAACCACUGACAUUCCAUGAAUUAUUCAAUGAGCUGGUCGACUUGGACAAAUUUACGGAGUAUCUUGACGAAACGACAAUAAGAGAAUGGGCUGAUCAGAACGGUGUAAUUAUAAGAAACCCAUGA